AGUCACCGGUUCACCGGUGAAGCAGCCGUGGCGCCGCUAAGCUAGCUACCCUUACCUGCUUGUUUCUGUGCCAAAACUGAACCUGACUUCUUGCAGUCAACGGAGAGUUGUGUUCACUUUAACAGUGGAGCCUAUUUUUUUGCUAACGGUUUUAAGUUAUGGGGAGGAAGAAGAAACUAAAUAAGGAAGAGGUUGCUGAGGAUUGGUGCUUUAUUUGUAAGGAUGGAGGACUAUUAAUCUUGUGUGAAUACAAGGACUGCCUUAAAGCAUACCACGCUGAGUGUGUUGGAAAGGAUGAUUCCUCUUCAAGUUAUUCGCGCUGUAGUUGGCAUAAUUGCUUCCUUUGCCAUAAAGCCCCAAAGUUUCAGUGCUUUUGCUGUCCAAAUGCCGUCUGUGGGCGUUGCUUCUGUGAUGCUGGGUUUUCAGUUUUCAAACGGAAUAAAGGAUUUUGUAGCCUCUGCCUGAGACUUGCACGACUUGUAGAGGAAAAUGCUGAUGUUGAUUCUGAUGGGGAAAAGAUAGACUUUAAAGACCAAGAUACGUAUGAAUUCUUAUUUUCAGAUUAUUAUAAGAUUAUCAAGGAACAAGAAGGGUGGAAUUCUCAGCAAAUACAUUCUGCCUAUAAGUUAUUCAAGAGUGGCAAAAUCUACAAAUGUGACGAGUCGUGUGAAAUAGGUGAAGGGCAUGAUGAUUCUGAAGAAUCUGAAGAUAACUUUGUUGUUUCUGAUGAUGAUGGUUUCAAUGACAAACCAGUAGGUAAGCCUCGGAAAAAGCGGAAGAGUCAUGUAAGGGAGUUGAAAACAAUUAAAGAAAAGGCAAAGGAUAAGAAAAAGGAGUUUAUUGGGUGGAGUUCCCGAGGUCUUACUGAAUUUCUCCUCUAUAUUGGUAGAGACACAAGCAAAGCAUUAUCCCAACAUGAUAUUUGCUCCAUCAUUAUCCAGUACUGCAAAGAAAACAAGCUUUUUCACCCUGAGAAAAAGAGAAAGAUACUUUGUGAUGCGAAGCUGAAGAGUUUGUUGGGUAGGAAAUCAGUGAAUAAGAACAGUCUGUAUAAUCUUUUGACGCCGCAUUUUGCUGAAAAUUGUGAAGAUAUGGAAGAUGAUACCACUAGUGGUUCAGAAGAUAGGGAUAAAAAUGAGUCAGUCAAUUGUAAAAAGCAGAGAAGACUAAACUCAAGUUCAACAUCUUAUGAGGACCUAGUUUCAGAAGGACAUCAAAGCUGCUUUGCAGCCAUAGUUUCGUCAAAUAUCAAACUUGUCUACUUGAAGAGGAGUUUAAUAGAGGAGCUUUUGACUCAACCAGAAACUUUUGAUGGGAAAGUGAUUGGAAGUUUUGUGAGAGUCAAAUCUGAUCCAAAUGACUAUUUACAGAAGAAUUCUCAUCAGCUAUUGCAAGUUGUAGGCAUAAAAGAACCUUCAGAGAAUAAUGAAAUCAAUGAAGAAAUUCUGCUUCAUCUUUCCAAUUUGCCAAUAGAUGUCCCUAUUUGUAAAGUUUCUGACGAUGACUUUUCAGAGGAAGAAUGCCAAGAUCUGAAUCAAAGGAUGAAAGAUGGUCUACUUUCACAGCCCACAGUUCUAGAGCUUGAACAGAAAGCCAGAAGUCUGCAUGAAGAUAUCAUAAAGCAUUGGAUCCCAAGGGAGUUGGCAUCAUUACAAAGACGCAUAGAUCAGGCCAAUGAAAAGGGAUGGAGAAGAGAACUUUCUGAGUACAUGGAUAGAAAGCUGCUGCUACAGACCCAAUCAGAACAAUCACGUUUACUGAAUGAUAAACCGAAAGUAAUUCCAGAUUUACUGCAUGGCAAACCUUCACAGGAGCCAGAGGAUACACUAAGCAAGGAUAAACUAGAGGUUGCCCCAAGUAAGGGUAAACUAGAGCAAAAUGGCUUACCAAAAUUUGUCCUGGGAGAACCACAUACUCCUCUUGGAAAUCCUUCUAAAACCACUGCAGACUCAGAGACUCCAGCAGUGAAAGGCCAAGAUGGCAGGACAAUUUCUGCUUCUGUUAAACAAUCAACUGUCACUGCUAUUGUCCAAGGGAAAUGCACUUCUCCAAGAAAGCAGCUUCAAUCUAGUUCAAAAGUUUUGCAAGUUAACACCACUAAUGUACUCUCUGAACACUUAAGGUUGGAACCUCCGACCUGCAAUACAACAUCAAAAUCUGGUCUUCCUCAGCCAAGGCACCCUGAUUCUGGUUCAGGUCGUGAUAGAAGAAAAUCAGAUACUCCCAUGAAUUCAGAACAGAUGACCAAGGAAAAGCAGAAGAAAAAGCAAAGCAUGCCAGUACGUGACAUGAUCGUUUUAAGUGAUGACGACGAGCAGGAUCAAAAUGGUCAAAUAGAGAAAGAAACAAAUGAAAAUCCUGAAAUUCCGAUAUGGCACUGUGUAAGUCCAUGUGGUGAAAAAAGGGGGCCCUUCUCAAUGUCGUUGCUUAAACGGUGGAGUGAAACUAGCUCCACUGCUUCAGAAUUCAAAGUCUGGAAGACAGGUCAGAGUGAAAGAGAUGCAAUGCUUCUCCCUGUCGCUCUUCGCCAAUGUUUGCCAGAAAGUUAGGUGAACGGAAACAGACAAUUUUGUGUAUAGUUGACUUAAACCCAGUAUGAGAAUGUGUUGGGAGAUUCAGCUGGGAAAAUCACAUGCAUGCUUGGGGGAAAUAGUCAGGGUCUUUUGCGAUGUAAAUGAAACACCUUGAUAUUCAUAGAAAACAUGCAUGUGGAACUUUCUUUUCUUUUCAUUUAUAGAUGAUUUAACUGUUCUCUAUUUUGGUUUAGUUAAGUGUCAAAGUGAUACUUUGGCAUUGUUCUAAUAUGUAAG